AUGACCCAAACCAACACUGUCGCUAAGAUAAUGUUGGAUAUGACCAACAGACGCCGCGGUAAGCAAGCGAAGGAUUCCAAGCAACUUUGGCUCGUGACAACAGUGCUUCCCACAUCGGCGAAAUGGCUUGGUCAAAUAACCUUUCACACGAUGCUGGAUAAUGGCGUAGUCUUUUCCACGGGUCGUACAAAGCAGAAAGGAAAAUCGCAGGAAUCCAAGAUGCGCAUAAUCGAGGCAAGCACAUUACUCCGCUUAUAUUAUCACAAAACACAUUGGAGGAAACACAUAUCUGAAAAGACUUUGGCACGCAGUUGUGACCAGCGUACAGAAGAUGAAGACUUAAAGAUUGUGGUCGUCAUGUUCAGAAACGCUCUCCGCCAGUCCAGCCGGUGCGCCGUCGCUGCGUCGAGCAGAGUCGCUGCAGGACGAACUGCCACACCCGCUGCUUUCAACGCAUUCCGAGGCUACGCAUCAGAAGCAAAGGCAUCCCCUACCGAAGUCUCUUCGAUUCUCGAGCAAAGAAUUCGUGGUGUACAAGAGGAGUCCAGUCUUGCCGAGACUGGCCGUGUACUGUCCGUCGGUGAUGGUAUUGCCCGUGUCCACGGCAUGAGCAAUGUGCAAGCUGAGGAGCUUGUUGAGUUCGCCUCCGGUGUCAAGGGCAUGUGCAUGAACCUGGAAGCUGGACAGGUCGGUGUUGUGCUCUUCGGUUCUGAUCGUUUGGUCAAGGAGGGUGAGACCGUGAAGCGUACCGGAGCCAUUGUUGACAUUCCCGUCGGGCCUGAGAUGCUCGGCCGUGUCGUUGAUGCUCUCGGAAACCCAAUUGACGGCAAGGGCCCAAUCAAGACUACCGAGAGGCGUCGUGCUCAAGUGAAGGCCCCUGGUAUUCUCCCCCGUCAAUCCGUCAACCAGCCAGUACAGACUGGUCUCAAGUCUGUCGACGCCAUGGUUCCGAUUGGACGUGGUCAACGUGAGUUGAUCAUUGGUGAUCGUCAAACCGGAAAGACCGCCGUUGCCCUCGAUACCAUGCUCAACCAAAAGCGAUGGAACAACGGAAACGACGAGUCCAAGAAGCUCUAUUGUGUCUACGUCGCCGUUGGACAAAAGCGAUCCACCGUUGCCCAGCUCGUCAAGACCCUCGAGGAGAACGAUGCCAUGAAGUACACCGUAAUUAUCGCUGCCACCGCCGCCGAGGCCGCUCCCCUACAAUAUUUGAGUUGCUUUACUGGCUGCACGAUAGGUGAAUGGUUCAGAGACAAUGGCAAGCAUGCUCUUCUGGUACUCGAUGAUCUUAGCAAACAGGCCGUCGCAUACCGUCAAAUGUCCCUGCUUCUCCGUCGCCCUCCCGGACGUGAGGCUUACCCCGGAGAUGUUUUCUACCUCCACUCCCGUCUUCUCGAGCGUGCUGCCAAGAUGGGCAACAAGCACGGUGGUGGCUCCUUGACUGCUCUUCCAGUCAUCGAGACACAGGGUGGUGAUGUGUCCGCCUACAUCCCAACCAACGUCAUCUCGAUUACCGAUGGACAAAUUUUCUUGGAGGCAGAGCUCUUCUACAAGGGUAUCCGACCUGCGAUUAACGUCGGUCUUUCCGUCUCUCGCGUCGGCUCCGCUGCCCAGCUCAAGGCUAUGAAGCAAGUUGCCGGCUCCUUGAAGCUUUUCUUGGCCCAGUACCGUGAAGUCGCUGCUUUCGCUCAAUUUGGUUCCGAUUUGGAUGCUGCCACCAAGCAAACCCUGAACCGUGGUGAACGUUUGACCGAGCUCCUGAAACAAAAGCAAUACUCCCCAAUGGCUGUCAACGAAAUGGUUCCCCUCAUCUACGCCGGAGUCAACGGACAUCUCGACUCCAUUCCAGUCGCCAAGAUUCUCCAAUGGGAGGCUGACUUCCUUGCACACUUGAAGACGAACGAGACUGAUCUGUUGGCCACGAUCGACAAGGAAGGUGCGUUGAGCAAGGAUUUGGAGGCAAAGUUGAAGGGAGUUAUUACCACUUUCACCAAGUCCUUCAACUAG